AUGGCGUCUAAGGGAUUCAUGGGAAAAGGAAAGAAGAAGAGAGAGAAGGGCACAGAUUGGUUCGAGGCUGGAGUUCAGGGUGGCACCAUUCUACUCGCGCUGGUGAAGGAGGCGGCCGAGUUCGCCCCAGUCCCCUACCUGAAGAUUGCGGCAGGCACGACGUUGAAGAUCGUGACUACAGUCCAGGCCGUCAAGGACAACAAAGCCGACUACCAGCGCCUCGCGCAGGAUGCUACAGAGAUCAUCGCAGUCGUAUGGCGAUCGUACCAGAAGGCGGGCGACCCCACCUGGCCGCAGGACAAGGCUGAGAUGGUUACAGACCUCGUAACGACUCUCCAUAUGAUACUAGGCCACGUCGAGGACCAAAUAAAAAGAAGUCGAACCAUGCGUGUUAUCUAUAGCGUCGCAGAUACUGUUAAGAUCAAGGAGUAUCGCGAACGACUGCAAGCUGCCGUCUCCAAGUUCGAAGUGUCAUCUCACCUCACGAUUCAAGACGUCCUCUUCCAGCUACUGAAGGGCCAACAGGAUAUCACAGCUCGGCUCGACAACCAUGGCCAACCAAUGCCGCUUGUCGUUCAAGUCCACUUGGACGAAGAGAAGGCAAAGGAGGAGGCUGAGGAGGCGGAAGAGAGGAAACGGAUCGCUGAGAUGGAGAAGGUCAAGGCGGAGAAGGAUGCCGCCCUGAAGGAGAAGCUGGAGAUGGACGAGCUUCGCAAGGACAUGGAUCGGCAGCGCAUGGAGCAAGAGAAGAUAGCCGCACAACUCAAGCGUUGGAAGGAACAGCAGGAAGAAGAGGCUGAGCUGGCGCGUCUGAAGGAGGCGCAGAGACUGCGGGAAGAAAAGCGCCUCAAAGCGGAAGACGAGCGCCGAGCGAAGCUAGCGAAGGCGCUCGAGGAGGAGCGUGAAGAGGAAGCCAAGCGGGUAGAGGCUGAGCGUCAGAAAGCUAGGGCCGAGGAGAAGGAGACACGUCGUCUUGAGAAGGAAGCUGCUCUGAAGAAGAAGAUCGAGAGCCACAGAACGAAGGAAAGCGAAACCCUCUCCGCAAAAUCCAAAUCAUCCAAGGCUCCCGUUAUCGAGGUUUCGAGCGACGAGGAAGAGAGCCUCGACGAAGAUGACGAAGGCGACGAUGAGCAUUGGGAAGACGACACGGAGUCGGAGACAGAGUCCUCGGAAGACGAAGCCGCACGCGAAGCACGUCUCGAGGAGGAACGCAAAGCUCGCAAAGCAGCGAAGAAGAAAAGCAACAGCGCGCCGUUGCCGACGAGCCCAGAAGCUGCGAUGCACAACGCGUUUGCACAGAUGGGUUUCGACCCCAGCGCUAGUGGACACCAGUCACCUCCUCUCGGGUCCCCGUAUCCAGGAUAUCCUCCGUACGGUGGACAUUCACCGUAUUAUGGAUCUCCGGGGAUGCUGUCUCCUCCUAUGCUCUCGACUAAUAAUAGUGGGAAUGUAACAAACAUGAGCAUGUCGAACAUGGGGAACGACAAUAGCAUUCGGUAUUACGGAUCGAAGCAUUCAAAGAAGGGGACAAGAGCGCGUUCAAGGUAG